AGGUGACGCAUGGUCUGUACGGCACGAAUAAUAUUCCGGGGGGAACAGUGUAGAUGGUAAUUGGUUCCCCUGCUGCAUGCGCUUUAGUGUUGCGAUAGGCAUAGUAUUUUGUCAGCUGUUCCUGCCACCCGGGGUUCUGAAGAGCUGUCCUUGGCGAACACACCUAUGAACGAGUUCAGUGCCAUGCUUCUUCGUGACAGCGGUGUGGGAAUCUAGGUCCACACUGUAGUUGUAACGCAUGGAUUCCUGUGCCUCGGAUGGGGAUACCUCUGCAGGAAAGAAUGGCUCUAUCUGUGAAAUACCCUCUGCAGCAGAAGUACAAUUUCAGAAGAAAGCUGACCAAGUGAUGAGUGUUAGCCCUGAAGUGGCGCAAAAGCUGCAAAAUGAUGGCGUUCUGGUAUCCGAGUUUAAGAGACUGAAACUAGAAACGGAUGCACAGAAGAACUGGGACUUGUUCUAUAAAAGAAAUAGCACUAACUUUUUUAAGGACAGACAUUGGACCACAAGGGAGUUUGAGGAACUCAAAGCGUGUAGGGAGUUUGAGAACCAAAGGCUAACUAUCCUAGAAGCGGGCUGUGGUGUUGGAAACUGUUUGUUUCCUCUCCUAGAAGAGGAUCCACGUCUGUUUGUGUAUGCCUGCGACUUUUCUCCUAGAGCUGUGGACUUUGUGAAGCAAAACCCAUCUUACAAUACAAAUACCUGCAAAGCCUUCCAGUGUGAUCUGACCAAGGACAAUCUAACGGAGAAUGUACCGACGGAAUGCGUGGAUGUCGCCACCUUAAUCUUUGUCCUUUCUGCUAUCCAUCCAGAUAAAAUGCAUCUUGCUAUUAGUAAUAUUUACAAGGUGCUGAAGCCAGGUGGGUGUGUUUUGUUCAGAGACUAUGGGCUGCAUGAUCAUGCCAUGAUACGCUUCAAACCAGGAAGUAAGCUUGGGGAAAACUUCUAUGUAAGACAAGAUGGGACACGGUCUUACUUUUUCAAAACAGAGUAUUUGCAAAGUCUCUUUACAACAGCGGGGUAUACAGAAAUUUCCAAUGAGUAUGUUCUACGAGAGACUGUGAACAAGAAGGAAGGCCUAUGUGUACCAAGAGUCUUUGUUCAGAGCAAAUUUUAUAAACCUCUGCAGAUGCUUUAAGUUUAUUUGCAUGUGGCUUUUAAACCUUAUUUACAACAUCAUUUUUGUUUUAUUUUUUAUAUAUAUCAUUUUAUUUUUGUUGGCCUUUAUUUU